AUGGAAGUGGAACAGUUCCAAAAAAAAACAGAGAAAAGGCAGAGUCAGGAAUAUGACUGUUUACAAAAGGCACCCAGGCUCCAGUUUCACGCGGAUCGUUGUAAAGAAGUACAGCAGAUCCGAGAGCAGCAUCCAAACAAAAUCCCGGUCAUCAUUGAACGCUAUAAAGGGGAGAAACAGCUGCCAGUGCUGGACAAGACCAAGUUCCUUGUCCCAGACCAUGUCAACAUGAGUGAAUUGGUCAAAAUAAUCCGGCGUCGCUUGCAGCUGAAUCCCACCCAGGCUUUCUUCCUGCUGGUGAACCAGCACAGCAUGGUGAGUGUGUCUACCCCCAUCUCGGAGAUCUACGAGCAGGAGAAGGAUGAGGAUGGCUUCCUCUACAUGGUCUAUGCUUCCCAGGAGACGUUUGGCUACUGAGGCCUGCUGAGAGGUGGCAUGUGGAGACAGAUGAACUGUGGCGCACAGGCCCCCAGCCUUGGAAGACAACACAACCAGAGGCUCACAAGAGAGGGACUGUGCUGACUCCUUCUCUCCCUCCCUCCCCUUCCCAUCACCCUGUCACUAAAGAGGCUCGUGGCGUGUGUUGGACUUGCACAACCCUUCACCUCUGUGUAGAUUAGUCCCACUCCCUCCACACACACGCAGCCACAUGCGCACAUACAUACAGACACCCAUGCGCACACACGGGGCCUCGGCUUCCCAUCCUAUCCCCUUCGUGUACCCUUCAGCUGCUCUCACUGUGCUGUGUGCGUGUGCGUGUGUUUGUAGCCUACUGCCAGAACUGUUCGGCUGGUGAUGGAGAGGACAGGACACUGUCGCCCU